AUCAAUUCUAUUCAAUAUUUUCAAUAACUUUAAGGAGACAAAUUAUUGAUAGCCUAUGAAAACUUUUCAGGAAAACCAACAAUUGGAUUUAAAUUUACUAUAUAAAAUUACUAUUGAUCGAUACUCUUUUAAAAUCGUACACUUUAUCGACUCUAUUUCAUAAGUCGACAAUCGACUAUCCUUCUUCCUUCUUGCAUUCUUGGUUUCUCUUUCUUCUGAGAUUGAGGUUAUAAUUUUUCUAUUUGACAAGUAAUGUGCCAUGCGUUUAUAAAGCUGUUAAUCUAAUAAAGUAUUCUUUUUUUUUUGUUAUUCUUCUGUAAAAUAGGCAGUGUUCCUACUACAAAUCAUUCUUCUCUCUGUACUAACGUAUAAAUAGCAAGGUUUUGCGAUGUCCGGCUCACAUAAGAAACGUGCUGUUGAUGUAUCGGUCAGAGAUGAAACCUCAAGUGAUGGAUUGUCUGACGAUAAUGCAAUGGAAACGCAGCCACAUGAAGAAAUCCAAGUGGACUUCGAAGGUCGUAAUCCUAUCGACUCUGACUUCCAUGGAAUUCGACAACUGUUGCAUCAACUCUUCUUGAAAGCCCACGUCAAUCUCUCCGAUCUUACGAACCUGAUCAUAGAGCAGAAUUACAUCGGUAGCGUGAUCAAGCAAAGCGAGAUUGACGAGGAUAGUGGUGAUGAUGAUGAUGAGGUUGAUCCCAAUGAUGUCUAUGGAGUUACAUCAAUAAUCAACAUAACCGACAAACAACACUACGAGUGCGUGGAUCAGUUGCGCACCCUACUGCGUGAGAUGUGCGCGGAACACGGCACUGAUCAGAGCAACGCGUAUGUGCGCGCCAUGCUGUCCGACACCAACACAGUCGGUCUGCUCAUCAACGAACGGUUCAUCAACUUUCCCGCGCAGAUCGCUGUGCCGCUCCUCGAGAGCCUAGUGAAAGAAAUACAGAGAGCCAAGGAAAAGAAAUUGAAUUUCAACUUCUCCUACAUCAUCAUCAUUUGCAAACUGUACAAAGAAGACGCCACUGAGAAGAAGAAAAAGAAGAAGGGCAAGAACAAGAACGCUGAGCCCGAAAUUAUAUGGACCAAUCCCGAGGAAGAACUGUUUGAUCAGGAGGCAGAUUGCCGCUUUGAGUUCAGUGUUCGAAACGAGAGCGACUCUGCGCUGAGUGGAGACUGGAUGGAGGACGACAGAGUGCUCAAGCCAUAUCGGCGAGUGCUUGUCAUAUCGGCCGACAAACUCGAGAGAAUCAUCGACAAAAUCAAAGACUUUGUCACGCCCACCAAAUAAACGCAGUGCAAUUCUA